AUGAUAUCUUUUUUGUCGUCUUCGCUUUUAUUUUCCUUAUUCCUUUCAUUUUUAACUAUGCUUCUUUUUUCUUCUCCUCUCUCAUUUUCACUUUUUUCUCUUUCCUCCUUUUCUUUAACUCGACUCUUCUUUAUAUUAUUUCUUCUUCUUCAUCUUCUUCUUCUUCUUCUUCUUCUUCUUAUUAUUAUUAUUAUUAUUAUUAUUCAAUAUGGCUUUCUCAUUUUUAAUUCUCUUUACACAAAUGCUCAUUUUUCUUUUUUGUCACUCUUUUCACUCAAAUCGUUCCAAUUCUUUCUCUGCCUCUUUUUCUUACUCUUAUUCCGCAGAGGCGUCACGAAAAAUGCCAUGUUUGGGCGCACGAAUCCCGUGGAAAAACGACAAGAGGCACAUCAUUUUCCAGUUGUCAGUUCCUCUUUUAAGGAAACUGGCCACUUAGUUUGGACGCAGGGAAAGCACGGUGGAGUAUGGAGAGAAAAAGUGGGCGGUGGUCGUUGCGAUGGAGAUAAGAUUAGUAGUUGUGGCAUUUGUCGUUGGCGAAGCGUCAGGCGCGAGAGGUUGGUGCGCGUGAGGUUCGGUACUUUUCGCGCCAUUUCGCCAACGGCCUAUACUCGCACGUCGUUGAUCAGCUCACUCUCUAAAUUUUUUGUCUCUCUCUCUCUCUCUCUCUAUCUAUCUAUCUAUCUAUCUAUCUAUCUGGUGUCUUCUCAGUCGACUUUGAUGUUUUGUACUUCGAGAAAAUGCUUACUUCAGCGCGUUUUCUGA